AUGCCAGCGCGAGUCUCUACAAGAUCCACGCGGAACUCGGCCGCCGUCUCAAACAAAUCAUCCGCCGCGACGCUUGGUUCCCGAGCUUCCACAGCGUCGCGCUCCUCUUCGCUUGCGAUCGAUGUACCGACCGAAAGACCCGAUAACGAGCUUCGCGGCAAGGUGUGCGCCGUCUUCCGCGAUGCGCAGAAAAACACAGCAUCACACCGCAAACUGGUUGUCACCUUGCGCAAGAUUCAGGAGGCCUGCGUCUACGAGCCAACCAGCCUGAAGAAGUCGACUUCGAACGAUUUUGACGAGGAAGCCUUCAACUCGGAGUUCGUCCGAUGCGUUCUCAGGGUUAUGCCUAUCAAGAAAUCGGAAAGCGUUGGAGAGAAGACCAUCCGAUUCGUCGGGCAUUUCUUGCGACAUACGAACGACAAAGACAAUGAGAUUCUCGGCGAGGUCGACGAGGAUGCUAGUGUCAUGCCCGAGACCCCCAGCACAAGACUCACCAGCUUUCUCAUGGAAACCAUCUUGCCACUGCUUACGGCAAAGGACAAGUUUGUGAGAUACAGAUCCACCCAGUUGGUCUCCCACAUCAUCAACUCUCUCGAUGCCAUCGACGACGACCUCUUCCAAAAGCUUCGCCACGGCCUUCUUAGGCGGAUCCGUGACAAGGAGGCCAUGGUUCGCGCCCAGGCUGUACUCGGACUCGGCCGGUUGGCUAACAACCUCGACGCGGCCGCCCACUCCGAUGACGACAGCGAGGAGGACGAGGCCACGGGAUUGCUUGAAAAGCUGCUGGAGGUUCUCCAGAAUGAUCCCAGUGCAGAUGUGAGAAGGUCGCUUCUGGUCAACCUUCCGAUUGCUCCUGCUACCCUCCCCUAUCUGCUGGAGCGUGCCAGAGAUCAGGAUGCUCUGACCCGCAGAGCGGUGUAUUCGCGACUGCUGCCCGCUCUUGGUGACUUCCGUCACCUGUCGCUUUCCAUGAGAGAGAAGCUUCUCAGAUGGGGUCUCCGUGACAGAGAUGAAAACGUUCGCAAGUCCGCGGGCAGGCUUUUCCGAGAGCGCUGGAUCGAAGACUGUGCCGGCGUUGCGCCCCCCGAAGACGGAGCGCAGCCCGAGCCUUCACCUCCCAACUUCGAUGGCCUUCUUGAAUUGCUGGAGAGAAUCGACGUUGUAAACUCGGGCGUCGAGAACGGUGUUGCUCUGGAGGCGAUGAAGGGUUUCUGGGAGGGCAGGCCUGACUACCGGGAGGCCGUUACCUUUGACGACCAGUUCUGGGAAACUCUUUCCGCCGAGUCCGUCUUUAUGGCACGCAGCUUCAACGACUUCUGCAGAAAUGAAGGCAACGGCAAGUUCGAGUACCUGGUCGAGGAGAAGCUUCCAGAGGUCACUAAGCUUGCAUUCUAUCUCGAACGAUAUAUUGGAGUGUUGGUGGACGCUAUCAAGAAGGCGUCGCAACCAGAGGGCGACGAUGACGAGGAGGAAGACACCGUUGAACAAGAGUUCAUCGUUGAGCAACUUCUCCACAUCGCAAUUACCCUCGACUACUCCGACGAAGUUGGUCGACGCAAAAUGUUCGCACUGCUUCGUCAGUCCCUCUCCGUGCCUGAGCUCCCGGACGAAGUUACGAAACUCACCGUCAGUGUUCUGAGAGACAUCUGCGCCCCUGACAAUGCCGGCGAAAAGGAAUUUUGCUCGGUAGUUCUGGAGUCUGUUGCCGAUGUUCACGACACCAUCGUCGACGAUCCACCUGAUGAUAAGACUGAAGACAGUUUUCAUUCUGCCAGGUCUGAAGUCAGUGGUGAUACCACGCCAACCAGGAGCGGAAGUCGCGACAAGAGUCCUGAGCUUAGCGAAGAGGAGGCUCGAGCAAAGGCUGUCAAGGAGAUCAUGAUCAACAUGAAGUGUUUGCACAUCGUCCAGUGCAUGUUGUCCAACGUCGCCGGCAACUUGCAACAAAACGACCACCUCGUCUCCAUGCUGAACAACCUCGUUGUUCCUGCAGUCAGGAGUCACGAGGCUCCCGUUCGUGAGAGAGGCCUCGUGUGCUUAGGUCUCUGCUCCCUGCUCGACAGAUCUCUGGCCGAAGAGAAUUUGACGCUCUUCAUGCACUUUUUCACUAAGGGUCACACUGCGCUCCAGAUCACUGCCCUGCAGAUUCUCACCGACAUUCUCAAUGUUCACGGAGCGGAGCUCCUCAGCACAACGCCGACACUGCUGAAGGUGUACAUCAAGGCGCUAAAGUCUGGAUCAAAGUCACCCGAGGUACAGGCUGCCGCUACUCUGGCCGUGUCAAAGUUGCUGCUUGGACGCGUCGUUACAGACACGGAGGCCGCAGCGGAGAUGUUGAAGACCCUCGUCGUCCAGUACUUCGAUCCUGCUACUGCUCACAACCAGAGUGUGAGGCAAGCACUGAACUACUUCCUGCCUGUUUUCUGCUACUCUCGGGCAGAGAACCAGGAUCUUAUGCGCAGUGUUGCUCUUGAUGCACUGCAUCUUCUCGUGAACGUCCGUGAGAGCUUGGAGGAUGAUGAUGCCGACGUUGACGAGGAGAUGGAGAGCCUCACGACGAUCGGCGCUUGCCUGGUGGACUGGACAGAUCCUCGCAAGUGCUACAACCCAGCCCAAGGUCUUGAAUUGGAGAAGAAGACUGUCAAUGGCGAUAUUCACUUGGAGUUCGCUCUGGAUAUCCUGGACCGUUUGAAUGGAAAUAUGAGCAAGGGAGAAAAGAAGGUUGUGGCGCCACUUCUCGGGAAGCUCUACAUUUCCCCUGCCAGCACCGAGGAGAAAAUCAGGGAGGUGUACGAAGAGGUUUCCAUCGCCGUGGACGACAGGCUCGUUACAGACACAACUGGACGCAAUGCCCUCAACAAGAUCCACGUCAGCUUGGGCAAGAUCGUCGCCAACCUCGGAGAGCAGGAGACCGAGCCCCGGCGUGCCAGCAGGAGUGUGUCCGUUGCGUCGAUGGCACCGUCUGCGACAUCUGCGGUAUCUGCAGCCACUGCGUCGUCCAAAAACGAUGACGGCGAGGAGGAUAAGACGAUCACUAUGGAUCGGGAACCUACCAUCAAAGAAGAGGACGAGGACAGCAAUGAGGGCACCGUGAUCCAGCGAUCAGAAGGAAAUUCGCUGGUGAGCGAGCUGUUAUCAGACGAGGAUGGUGCUUGA